AUUAGAUUUUUGAUGAAACUGAACAAUGAAUCCGUAUCAGUAGAACUAAAGAAUGGCACUGUGGUACAUGGGACCAUCACUGGUGUCGAUAUGAGCAUGAAUACACAUUUGAAAACAGUCAAGAUGACAGUCAAACAACGAGAUCCUGUUAGUUUGGACACACUUAGUAUCCGUGGCAACAAUAUACGUUGUGUCAUUUUACCUGAUAGCUUACCAUUGGACACCUUACUGAUUGAUGAUACACCAAAAGCAAGAGCAAGCAAGAAGAAAGAAGGAUCCGAAUCAACAGGAAGAGGACGAGGUCGCGGAAUGGUACGAGGACGUGGAAGAGGAAGAGGUGGACGU